GAUUAUCUCGCAGACCUCGAAUUGGAUAUAAAAAAGUUUCCACAUUUCAUGACAGAUAAAAGAAUCAAUUUGAAUGUGCGACAAGUGCGAGAGCGAAAAUCGGACCGUUGAUUCGCCAAUCUCAACUUAGCCCCUUUAUGCUUAAACCGCCAUGUGAUAGUUUCCGACUAAUUUACGGUCUACCCGAUGCAUUGAUAACAAUCCACACACUACUACAUUUCCUUAUCAGUUCCAGCAAAAUUUUAAUAUAAAAAUUCGACACCCAUUUGUACUGUCACAUUAAUUUCAAUUAUCUUUCUUUCAUGGACCACACAACAAUGGGAGAAAUUGUCAUGGGUGGCAACGCAGAUAGCCAGUCGCCCUUGCCUAUCAUGAGCCCUUGGCCCGCGACCCAACCAGCGAAAUCAGAUCUAUUGUGGCACAUUCAGAACAAACAUAUUUUAUAUUCUCUUGUGAUCACUGCAUCUCAAAUCAAGAAUUGGUACGGGAAAUAUUUCGAGAGAAGUCAGCAACUUCAUCCGGAUCCAAUCAUCUCGGACUGGCAAAUCAUCGCAAAGAAUAAGCGUGAAUCGGUCAAUGGUUUGAUCCCCGAGAAAUGGCGCUUGGACUCGAUACCCUCGGUCGAGGAAAAAAGAGAUGUAACGGGCGAUUACAUUCAGCAAUUCCUUUCUGCUCGAGAGAUUGAGAUUACUGAGACGGACGCUGUGGGAAUUUUAGAGAAAACUAGCAAUGGCGAAUGGAAAUCGCGGGAAGUUUGUGAAGCUUUCUGUCACCGGGCAGCUUUGGCGCAUCAAUUGGUCAAUUGUUUGCAUGAAAUAUUUUUCGAUGAUGCUAUUUCAGAAGCGCAAAGACUGGAUGAUUACUUUGCUGAACACAGAAAGCCAAUUGGUCCACUACAUGGAUUACCAGUCAGCUUGAAAGACCAGUUUCAUGUCAAGGGUGUGGAAACCACUAUGGGCUAUGUAGGCUGGAUUGGAACUUUUGAAGGGAAGAAAGGUACAGGGAAAGAGCGAGUGUUUGAGAGCGAGAUGGUUAAAGAAUUACGAAGUCUUGGUGCGAUAAUGUUUUGUAAAACAACCGUUCCUCAAACCCUCAUGGCGGGCGAGACUGUCAACAAUAUUAUGGGUACGACAGAGAACCCAAAGAACAGACUCUUGGGACCAGGUGGAAGUUCAGGAGGCGAAGGAGCGUUGAUAGGAUUGAGAGGUAGUCCAGUAGGAUUUGGUACUGAUAUUGGAGGAAGCAUUCGAAUUCCAGCAGCUUUUAACGGACUUUACGGUAUUCGUCCUUCGGCAGGUAGAAUGCCUUAUGAGGGUAUGGCCAACAGUUUGGCUGGACAAAAUACUAUUUUAUCGGUUGUGGGUCCAAUUGCCACAACAGCUCGAUCUUUGAAAUUGGUCAUGAAGAGCAUUCUUAGUGCUCAACCGUGGCUACAUGAUCCAUUAGUGUGUGAAAUGCCAUGGCGUGAUGAACAGGAACAAAUGGUUUUCGAUGCUAUCAAAUCUAAUGGCGGUGGUCAAUUGGCUUUUGGAGUCUUCAAAUGCGACAGAGGCGUUGCUCCUCAGCCUCCUGUUGCUAGAGCUAUUGAUAUCGUGGUUAAUACUGUCAAGAGACUAGGACAUAAGGUUAUCGAAUGGGAACCACCUUCUCAUCAAAGAGGAUGUGCGAUAGGAAGUAAAGCAUGGUCCUUUGACGGCGGAAAAGAUGUUCACGAAGCCCUAGCACUGUCUGGUGAACCCAUGAUCCCUCAAAUUCAAGGUCACUACAGUAUUCUCAAACCUCAAAUGACCGGUUUCGACAUCGCCGCCGUGAAUGUCGAAAAACGCGAAUACCAAAAAGAAUACAUGGACUAUUGGAACAGCACUGCCUCACUUACUGGUACUGGCAGAGCUAUCGACGCGGUUAUAACUCCGUUGGCUCCUAUGCCUGCAAAUCUUACGAUGAAGUUUGAUUAUAUAGCAUAUUCGACAUUUGUCAAUCUUCUCGAUUAUAGUGCGGCUAUCUUGCCAGUUACGACGGUGGACAAGAAUGUGGAUGUUUUCGAUACAGGGUACAAACCAUUGAAUGCAGAGGAUGAAAAGGUUUGGAAAUGCUAUGAUCCGGAAGUUUAUGAUGGUGCGCAUGUGAGCGUACAGAUUGUGGGGAGAAGGUUUCAAGAGGAAAAGGUUAUUGCUAUUACCGAGAUGCUUGGAGAUGCAUUGAAGAAUUAGUAGGGUCUAGGGAGCGAAAGGGAAGGAGUUUGGGACUUGCAUUGGGACUUGAAUUUUAUGUGGUAUGGUUUGAUAUGAUAUGAUUGCAAAGUUUAGGUAUGGUAUUGGUUAUUAUAGGGAUACCAGAUAGAUUUUGUUUAUCUUUAAAUUUGGAGUUGGGUCAAGUUUAGCAUAACAUACAUAGUAUAAUAAGAUUGCAUGUAGCUAGCAUAGCUUGCGAAAUACAAAUUGAUUAGCAUCGAAACCA